GUGCACCGAAUAGAUACACCAACCAAGGAGGCUAGUGCAAGCUGUCCAGCAUCUUUUUCAGAGUGCUAUCGUUUUUGACCAUGAAGUACGCCGUCUUUGCCUCUCUUUUGGCCAGCGCUGCUGCCUUUGCCCCGGCUGCGAAGCCUGCGGCUUCGACUUCCGCGUUGAAUGCGGAAAUGUCCAAAUCCAUGCCUUUCCUAACGGCUCCCAAGAACACUGGGGGCUACGUCGGGGAUGUUGGCUUUGAUCCGCUUGGAUUCUCCGACAACUUCGACAUGAAGUGGCUGCGCGAGAGCGAAAUCAAACACGGACGGGCCGCUAUGUUGGCCACUGUCGGAUUUGUCAUGCAACAGUUCUGGACUCUUCCCGGUAUGGUUCAUGUGGAUGACUCGAACCUGGCGCCAGGAGCAGCUGGUAUCUCGCCCAUGCUGCAAAUUGUCUUCGGAAUGGGCGCCCUGGAAUGGUGGACUAAUAAGGGAAAAGUCACGAUGGAAGAUAUGUUCAGUGACAGCAGCCGCGAACCUGGUAAUCUUGGAUUCGACCCCAUGGGCAUGUCCAAGAACAAGUCCAAGGAAGAAGCCGAAGCCAUGCAACUCAAGGAAAUCAAAAAUGGACGAUUGGCCAUGUUGGCUAUUGGAGGUAUGAUCCAUCACAACUGGGUGACCGGUGAAGCCCUGUUCUGAUGCGUCUGCGAGCAGCGGGACGCUGGCAAAGAACCCAUGAACGGAUGCAGCGACUUUCACUACUAUAGGUUUAUCUAACUGCUAGAGAGACCGGCUUUCGAUUUCGUC